AGUACUCCCGGCGGGCGGAGGUUUCUGGGCUCGUUGGGCAGCGGCGCUUCCUUUUUGUCCGACAUCUUGCAAAGUUGAGGUGGUCGCUGCUGCUCUCCGCGCCUCGCUAUGCCGCCCAAGGAUGACAAGAAGAAAAAAGAUGCCGGAAAGUCGGCCAAGAAAGACAAGGACCCCGUGAACAAGUCUGGAGGCAAGGCCAAAAAGAAGAAGUGGUCUAAAGGCAAAGUUCGGGACAAGCUCAAUAACCUGGUCUUGUUUGACAAAGCUACGUACGACAAGCUCUGUAAGGAAGUGCCCAACUACAAGCUCAUAACUCCGGCCGUGGUCUCUGAGAGACUGAAGAUCCGCGGGUCCCUGGCCAGGGCAGCCCUGCAGGAGCUCCUGAGUAAAGGACUUAUCAAACUGGUUUCAAAGCACAGAGCUCAAGUGAUUUACACCAGAAACACCAAGGGGGGAGAUGCCCCAGCUGCGGGUGAAGAUGCGUGAGCAGGUCCAAUGUGUUGUACAUUUUGAAAAAAUAAAACUUUAUUAAAUUAAA